CUUGCCGAGCAGCCCUCGGUGACCAUGAACAGCCUGAUAGCCACACCGCCUGUUCCUCCUCACUUCUACGAGACGUCUUGCCGCUCUCCGUCAUAUUCCAUGUCAUCGACGAACACAUCGGUGAACCGAAAGAGAAAGGCUGAGGAUGACUGUCCCCCCAGUGGCGACACUCGCAUGUCUGCGUCGCCUUCCGGCUCUCCUGCCCUCCAUCCACGGCCGUUAGCUCCCCGUCAUCUCAAACGACCGAGACCAAACGUUUCCGGCCGGCCACUGUCACUCCCUCGGUUAAUGGAAACACUCGAUACGGAUGCCCUGAGGUCUGUGUUGAGAUCGCUCUGUGAUCGUCAUCCCGAGAUAGCCUCAGAAGUCAUGCACACUGCCCCCCGACCCAGCGUCAGUGCGGCCCUUGAGGUCCUUAGCAACUACCAGUCCACCCUACAGUCCUCGUUCCCGCUGGGCGGGAACCCAUCCUCCGACUAUGCAUAUAACCGAGUCCGUCAGCAUCUUACCAACCUCCUCGAAGCCCUAAAUGAUUUUACACCACAUUUCCUCCCUCCAAAUGAAUCACAGCCGUCGACGUCUCUGAGCUACCUAGACGGUGCUACGGAUAUCAUACACCGACUCCCACGGUGGACGACACCGCAGCAUAAUAUCGAAGAAUACGCCGCUACGGAGGCUGGGACCAAAAACUGGCAAAGCACAAAUGAGACUGCUGGAGGGAAGCUUCAAGAUGCUCUAAAACGAGCUCAACCAGAGCCUUGGGUGGAUAGGUGGCAAACGUGGGCAACCCGUGCAACAGCUCUCAGGGAGACGUCUCGUCGAUACGCCAACAGCUCAUGUCGGGCACAUACGGUGCUGGCCUACCGCUCAAAGUCGGGCCAUGGUAAUUCUAUUCAGUACCAGUCCUCUAAACCACACUUUUUAUUUUCGACCUUCAACCCGUCCAUCCAUCCGUCCAUCACCGCUUUACUUUCCACCCCACACUACACCGUCCAAGUAGACGGCUUUCGAGCAAUCUUUAAUGAAACGAUUACGAUACCCAUCUGUUAA